AUGUAUGAUGAUUUCUCAAGAUUAUCAGAAAACACACUACGUCAAUAUAAGCUGUCAAUCAAACAGAAAUAUGAGAGUGAGUGGACCUCAUUGUCUGCCCUGUAUAAUGAACCGGUGAUCAUUCAGAAAAAUGAAAAUGGCAGCUUUAAGAACAUCAGUGUGGACAGAUUGUUGAUGUCAUAUGGUACAAUGCCUGUCAUUCUCCAAGGCGACUCUGGCAGUGGCAAAUCCAUCAUAGCACAGAAGAUCAUGUUUGACUGGGCAUCUGAAACUUCUAGACAUUUGAAUGUAGUUUUCAAUCUGAGAUGUGAGGAGCUGAUGUGUGUUUCUGAGGAGAUUAACCUCAUUGAGCUCUUGAGCUACAGCUGUAGUUUAACAUCAGAUCAGAUCUCACAGAUGUUACAACAUUCACCAGAGAAGAUGCUUUUCAUCAUUGAUGGAUUUGAUGAGCUGAGACUUACACAGGCCAUUUUUGACAUGUCAGGAAACACUGAUCCACUUCAAAAAGCCCCACCUGAGGUCAUUCUAUGUUCCCUGUUGUGGAGAUACCUAAUCCCUAAAUCCAACCUGCUGGUCACCACCAGAACUAAGAACACAUUGAACAAGCUGUUAAAAGGACUAAAGUGUUUCACUGAGAUCAUGGGUUUCUCUGAGAAGAAGGUGGAGACAUAUUUCCAGAAGUUCUUCAGCAAAGAGUAUGACUGUGUGAGAGCAAAUGAAACCCUCCUCACUGCCUGCUCCAUUCCUGUUAUCUGCUGGAUCAUCAGUGAGAUGUUCAGAGUUGGUGCAGAUGUAACAAGUGGAUUAGAAACCACCACCUCCAUCUAUGUUGACUUUGUGUCCACUCUACUGGAGCAUCACUGCAAGGGUUUGAGUCAGUCUGUCUCAACCUUGCUACGGAGUCUGGGUCAGCUGGCAGAGAGAGGGAUGCUGGAACAACAAGUGCUGUUUGAUGAGAAAAAUGUGAAUAAAAUCAUUUCAGACCCUGAUGGGAAUCCAUUCCUGUGUAGGUUCCUCUCUAAGAGAAGAAUCCGUCAGGAGACAAUGUUCACUUUCAUGUAUCAUAGCUUUCAGGAGUUCUUCACUGCUCUGUACUAUGUUCUUCUGGAUGAAGAAGAGUCUCAGAGGAAAGUGAGGGAGCUGCUUCACACUGUAGAGAGAGGAUGGGCUUUGUCCUGUUGUUCUGAUAGAGACUUUUCAAUGGCAGAUGUAGAAGUAAGACAGUCAAAGCUGCUGCAGCCUGUGAUUCUGUUCCUCUGUGGUCUUUGUAAAAAAGAUUGGAUCCCGUCGUUCUUUGAAAAGCACAACAUGGCUGUCUCUGUCAACACAGAAACCCAGCUUAAGGAAUGGAUCAGUACAUAUUCACAGAGAUAUCAAGAUGAACUCAUGCUGUUCAUUCUCCAUUGUCUCUAUGAGCUUCAUGAGAAGAGCUUCAUUAGAAAAGUCUUGGAAAAAUUGGUUUUGAUAGAUCUGUCAAAUUCACCACUGAAAAUUACGGACUGUUGUGCACUGAAGUACUGUUUACAGUGCUGUGAACACAUCAGAAACCUGAAACUCCUUGUAACAUCUGAUAAUCUGAAGAUGCUCCAGCCUGAACUGUACCAAUGUGAAGAGCUGUGGUUGACGAUGGAUCACAUUUCAGAUGAUGUUGUUGGUUUGGUCUCAGCUGUUGCUAAAGGAAAGAUUUUGAACAAACUCAAUAUAAAGGAGUUUGAAAAUGAGGUGUUUGGAUUCUGCCCAGAGAUCUCUGUGUCAGUCAGAGAUGGAGACAUCAUGUUGUCUUUUGGCACAUCAGAGUUCGCAUCAUCAGUCACAGAAUUAACUGUAACCUCUCCGCGCUCAAUUAUCUCCACCAUCGACUGGGUGAAAUCACAGAGAGAGCAGCUAUUGUUGAGUUUUGGACAUUUAAGUUCUGGGCAACAUGAAGUUGAACUGUUGACGUUCCUGCGAUCAGAGUCUGGUUUGAAGAAAGUCUGUCUGCAUGAUUCACUUCUGACUAAAACAUUUGCCUCUGAAAUCCUGUCCUUCAUUCAGGCCUGUCCCAGUUUGAUUGAACUCAGUAUAAAUGUCAGCGGUCAUUUAAAGUUGGAGUACACCCAGUCCAUGAAGACAUCAUUGGAGAAGAUGGGUUGGACUCUGACUGUCUCGAACAAAUUAUUGUUGAUCAAGCCAUGCAUGGAGAGAUUUACAGAAGAGAAGCUGAAGACAAAGCAAGAAGAGUGUGAGAGUGAAAGGACACUGCCACAGCGAGAGAGUUCAGAUUCUGUGUCUUACUCAUCAUCAAGACACUCAGUGGAGUAGUAGCUGUCAUUGAGAGAAUUUAUUUUAUUUUUAUUUUUUUGUUGUUCUUUCUUUCCUUCUUUUUCUUUUUUCUUUCAUUUCUUAUAACAAUUGUAAUACAUUUUUUUGUCUGUGAUAUUUCUGUGUGAUGAAUUACUGUAAAU